AAUUUAUUAAACGGCAGAUGACGCGUCGUGCGCUUUCACUUUCAGACUGCUGUACAUCAUGGCGCUCAGGGUGCUCGUCGGCUGCAAGCGUGUGAUUGAUUAUGCGGUCAAAAUACGUGUCAAGCCCGACAAAACAGGAGUGGUGACUGAGGGUGUCAAGCACAGCUUAAAUCCUUUUGACGAGAUUGCCGUAGAGGAAGCAGUACGAUUGAAGGAGAAGAAAGUAGCUGGCGAGAUAAUCGCUGUGUCAUGUGGGCCUGCUUCAUGUCAGGAAACACUGAGGACAGCGUUAGCCAUGGGUGCGGACAAAGCCAUUCAUGUGGAAGUAGAAGGCAAGGAGUACGAGACAUUGCAGCCUCUGCAUGUUUCCAAAAUAUUGGCCAAACUGGCAGCUGACAACAAGGUGGAUGUUAUUAUCGUAGGGAAACAGGCUAUCGACGAUGACAGCAAUCAGACAGCCCAAAUGACAGCUGGAAUCUUAGACUGGCCACAGGCUACUUUUGCUUCCAAGAUUGAGAAAGAUGGCGAUGGCCUCAAGGUGACCAGAGAAAUCGAUGGUGGCCUCGAGCAUAUCAAGGUGAAGCUGCCUGCCGUCAUAAGCGCAGAUCUCCGGCUGAAUGAGCCCCGAUAUGCCACACUCCCCAACAUCAUGAAAGCCAAGAAGAAGCCCCUAGAGAAGAAGACACCCAAGGACCUUGGUGUGGAUGUAGGUUCUCGUAUUGACAUUGUGAGCGUCGAGGACCCGCCAACCAGAGAAGCCGGUACCAAGGUGGAGUCUGUGGACGAGCUACUAGAGAAGUUGAAGGCCCUGGGGCGUAUCUAAAGAUGUUUGGCUCAACUUUGCGCAGCUGAAUAUGUCCUUGAAGUUCCAGGUGGAAGCAAAGUAGUCAACAAAUUGUACACCUGUCCAGAAGUGAUUAAAAUAAGAUAUUUUUACAUUC